GAGGAAGUUAUAGUUGCUCGCGUCACACAUUCGUUAGUCCUCAGUAUCCGCCAAGAGUAGUCAGUAGGCUUGUUUGACAAGUGGUGGACGGUAAUAUGCGGCAGGCAACUUUGUGGUUUGCCGGCCUGUGGCUGUGUUGCGCUCUGGGAAAUGCAGUUUUUCUUAAAAAUUCAGAAAAUCGCUUUAGAAGAAAUAAUCCAGACCCUUCUAACAGUUCUGAAAAAGUAGCUGUGCCCGUUGGAGGAGCAAAACCACAAAAUAAUGAUAACAAGGACUCUAGUAUUCCGCGCCCCUCUAAUCUAGCCAGCGGAGGUGGUGGUGGGCAGAUUAAAAAAGAAGUCCUGCAACAGAAUACAGGAGCAAGUGUAACUUCUUCUGAGACAGAAGGUACUAUUAUGGAAGCAAAUCCUAAUGCCGCAGCUGUUGGACAGUCUUCUCAGCAAAAAGGAGAUGAUGGCAAGAAUGAAGCUAAUACAGACCAACAGUUUGAAUCUGGAAACAAAAAGAAGCCUAAAACCACAGAUGAUAAAGGAAAAAAUCUUCAAAAUUCUACAACAGAAAUGGCUGCUAAAACAGAUCCUGGUACAAAUGAUGCCAGUUCUCCUGAUUCUCAUAAAGCAGAAGAUGAUCACGUGGUGCCUGAUCAAGGGGAUACACAACCUCUUCCUCCAAAAGGAGGAACAGAUGAGGAGGAGGGACCAAAUAUGCAUCCUGAUACUAAACAAGCAAAUAACAAAGCGAUUGAAAGUACUAAGACUCUUCCUCCAAAAGGAGGAACAGAUGAGGAGGAGGGACCAAAUAUGCAUCAUGAUACUAAACAAGCAAGUAACAAAGCGAUUGAAAGUACUAAGAAUGACCAUGCUUCUGGCACCCAGCAAAUAAAUCCUACUCAGUCUGCUUCCAAAACAGAAAAACAUCAACAUGCGCAAACUACUAAUUCUAAGGAAACAAAAAGUGGGAAAGAGCCCUCUGAUACAGCGGAUAAGCAGCCUUUAAACUCAAAGCAAGCAGUGGUUGAUAAAAAGAUAAGUGGCAAAGGGGAUGAGAAAAUUACUGAGCCAGGAGAAACAAAUGAUGCAAAAGAGAAUCCUACUACAGACAACGAGCAGCCUCUAGAGUCAGGACAAGAAAAUGGAGAAAAGGAAUUAACUGGUACAGAAGGAAAACAAACUCCAGAUGUACCUCAAAAUGGAGAUGAAGGGGAGUCUGAAAUCAAAGAAUCUUCCGAAGGAAAUUUCCCAAAUGAUAAUACUGAAAGUAGCCAUUUUUUCACUUACUUGGUGACUGGUGUCUUGCUGGUUGCAGUGUUGUACAUUGGCUACCACAACAAGCGAAAGAUUAUUGCAUUUGUCUUAGAGGGAAAACGAUCAAGAUCAGCUCGUCGCCCCAAAUCAACAGAAUAUCAGCGAUUAGACCAGAAGUUAUAAUGCCAUCAGAACAAGAAGAGUGCAAUUGAAGAUUUGUAAAAAAGAAAAAAAACAAAACCACUGACAAUAUGAAUGAUCAUUUUAGAAGUUAAAAUCUUAAUUAACGCUUGUUUUAACACCAGUGUUUAAAAGGCUAAUUCUCCUACACUCAAAAUGGUGACUCUCUCAUUCUAGUAUUUGCAUGCAUUGCAGAAGGCCACUUUUGUCUUCCUAUUUCAGUCCUCAAAACGCCGAUUGGGGUACUCUGAAUUAUGCUAUUCAGCAAAUUUAAUGGGGCACUUUAUUAAAUUUUGAUCAGGACCUAAACCCUUAAGGUGAGAAAUUAUCCUGUCUGGGUUUAUUGUUGCUUUUGAACCAUAUUAAGUUCUGAGAAAUGGGUAAGAAACUUAAUGAGGAAGUAUUUUUUUUGUAUAAAGGUGACAAGUUGUAUUUUUUUAUUUAUUUUUUUUUUUUUUUGUUAAAGCGGUGUGACUUAAAAGAUUUUGUGAUUGAACCCCAAAGAAGUUGAUUUUCUCUCAUGUUUUAAGUUUAAAGCAAAAUGUGAAAGUACUGAAAUAGUGGUCGGUACCAACUUUAGAUUAUUAUUCUAAUUGUUUAAAGAAAUAUGAAAAUUAAUAUAUAACUCUCUCUUUUUAUACAGUUGUUUAUUAUUUGUGUUAAUUUGCUUCUUUAAGCUGUAUCCACGGUUUGUUGGGACUGUUGUGUCUUGGUGGAAGCUGGCUGGCCAACACUUCCAGUUUAAAAGUAAAGUUUUAGGUGGUCUUUGUGCUCCUAGCUUGGCUGAGCCAGGUUGUGACUUUGUUGGAAGUGUGGAUGUGCUGAUCUAAAUUGUAUUAAACUCUCGGUCUGCCUAGGCUACUGAACUUUAAACUGUCACCAGCGGGGUGAAGAGCUGAACCUUUGCUGAAUUCUUGGACUUUAAAGUAUUCUUUAUAUUGAGUGAGAAGGCCAAGGAGGACAAUCAUACACAAAUGAAACUAGUUGUUUUUUGGGUUUUUUUUUGGGAUAAUAAAAUCAACUUCACUGUG